UCUGAUGUUUCCCUUCUGCUGCUGAUCACUUACAAUCUGACCACACUUCCAAUCUACUCAGAACAACCCCUCUCUCUCCAGCAGAGUGUCACCUCCUGCCUUAGGACCAUCAAGCUGUGCUAACUGGGUCUCAUCCUGCCUGCAGGAUCCUAUUGCAAGGCUUUCCCUCUCCUCCACCUUGCCUGGGGGUAAAUCUCUUCUGCGGAAUCUCAGAAAAUCAAAUUCCAUCCUGAGAAUACUUCACUAAGAAUUUCCUUAGGAGCUGUGCGGGGGUCCUACGAUGAUACACCAACUACUUGUGCUGUCUCCUGCCAAAACUUUGGAUGGCCCUACCUUCAGGGUUAGCUGGUGGGCUUGCUAAAACCGUGACUGAGACAAGUGCACGGAGUGGGAAGAGUGUGGAGGGAAGUGGUCAUGACCUCUGGAUUUAAGAAAUUCUUAAAAACAAUGUCAAAUAUGAUCGAAGAGAAAAUGUGAUUUGAGUCUGGAGACAAUUUUGCAUGAUCACUUAACAAUAAAAACCCAGAAGAGUUAACAGAAGAGGAGGCAACAUUUGGAAAAUUACUACAAUUCAAAAGAAAAACUGAUUCUAGUUUGAUUUAUAUUACGUAGUGUAUUUCACUUUGGCUUUAAUGAUGGAGAAAAACUAUGUCCUGUAUUUUCUGUUUCUCUUGCCGGUGUUAAUGAUUCUUGUCACAGCAGAAUCCGAAGAAGAAAGCCCUGAUGGCUCUAUUCAUUUGGGGGUUACUAGAAAUAAAAUCAUGACAGCUCAAUAUGAAUGUUACCAAAAAAUUAUGCAAGACCCCAUUCAACAACCAGAAGGAGUUUACUGCAACAGAACCUGGGAUGGAUGGCUGUGCUGGAAUGACGUUGCGGCAGGAACCGAAUCAAUGCAGCUCUGCCCUGAUUACUUUCAGGACUUUGAUCCCUCAGAAAAAGUUACAAAGAUCUGUGACCAAGAUGGAAACUGGUUUAGACAUCCAGCUAGCAACAGAACAUGGACCAAUUAUACCCAGUGUAAUGUGAACACACAUGAGAAAGUGAAGACUGCACUGAAUUUGUUCUACUUGACUAUAAUUGGACAUGGAUUAUCUAUUGCAUCACUGCUGAUCUCACUUGGCAUUUUCUUUUAUUUCAAGAGCCUAAGCUGCCAAAGGAUCACCUUACACAAAAAUCUGUUCUUCUCUUUUGUUUGUAACUCUGUUGUAACAAUCAUUCAUCUCACUGCAGUGGCCAACAACCAGGCCUUAGUAGCCACAAAUCCUGUUAGUUGCAAAGUGUCCCAGUUCAUUCAUCUUUACCUGAUGGGCUGUAAUUACUUUUGGAUGCUCUGCGAGGGCAUUUACCUACACACGCUCAUCGUAGUGGCCGUGUUUGCAGAGAAGCAACACUUGAUGUGGUAUUAUUUUCUUGGCUGGGGAUUUCCCCUGAUUCCUGCUUGCAUUCACGCUGUUGCCAGAAGCUUAUAUUACAAUGACAAUUGCUGGAUCAGUUCUGAUACCCAUCUCCUCUACAUAAUCCACGGCCCGAUUUGUGCUGCUUUACUGGUGAAUCUUUUUUUCCUGCUGAAUAUUGUGCGUGUUCUCAUCACCAAAUUAAAAGUUACACACCAAGCAGAAUCAAAUCUCUACAUGAAAGCUGUGAGAGCCACUCUUAUCCUGGUGCCAUUGCUGGGCAUUGAGUUUGUGCUGAUUCCAUGGCGUCCCGAAGGAAGGAUUGCAGAGGAAGUCUAUGACUACGUCAUGCACAUCCUUAUGCACUAUCAGGGUCUUUUGGUCUCUACAAUUUUCUGCUUCUUUAAUGGAGAGGUUCAAGCAAUUCUGAGAAGAAACUGGAAUCAAUACAAAAUCCAAUUUGGAAAUAGUUUUUCCCACUCAGACGCUCUCCGUAGCGCAUCUUACACCGUGUCAACAAUCAGUGACGUUCCAGGUUAUAGUCAUGACUUUCCUAGUGAACACUUAAAUGGAAAAAGCAUCCAUGAUGUUGAAAAUGUUAUCUUAAAACCAGAAAAGUUAUAUGAUUGAAAACAGAGAGAUGAUCGCCUGUUUUGUGCCACUUCUAACUCAAAGACUUGGAUUCAUGACUUUAUAGCCAGAAGACUUCAGUAUUAAAUGAAUUUUUUGAAUGUCAUAAAGAAAAGCAUCACAGGAAUUCAGUAAUGUUUUAUUGCAUAACAACCAGCUCUAUGAAAAAACCCCCUGGUCUGUAAUGUUUUCCAGGAAAUACUCUCGCCAUGAUUGAUGUCAAACUACCAACCUGACAUGUGGAACUGGAGAAAAGACAAGCCUAAUCAACUCCUGUGGAUUGGUGUGAGCCAGCUCCUGCACACCACACAUGAAUUCACACAGGAAUGACUAAACUUCCUAUACACGUUGGGCGUGAUUCUCCUCUUGUUUCCAUAAAAGACCUAGCUAAGGCUUACGGACUUAAGGAAACAUUAAUUUUUUGAUUGUUUGCUUUAAAAAUCUUUCUCACAUCUCAAUUAGAGCAGCUGAAUUUUUUUUGCCCAGAAAGUACCCUAGUAUUUUUUCUAAUUACAUUCUUGAAUGGCCCAAAGAGUGAGUUACCCCUGUUGGCUUACUAUCUUUUUUUUUCUUUUUUUUUUUUUAUUGUUGGGGAUUCAUUGAGGGCUUACUAUCUUUUAUCUAAGAAAAGCAAUUGACGAGAAUUGCUGUGAGCUAUUUACUCAUUUACUGUACACAUACAUCACAGUUAUACGCCAUGUCAUAUCUCUUUUUGAGAACUGGUGAACAGGAUAUGUGUUCACAGUCCAAAUCUGUGUCAUUAGGGAGACAUCUUGGUUGAUGUUACAAAGUGCCUCAUCAUGCACUUCUUGUCUUACUACACAAGUGAGAGGAAAUCAGUUUUCCCCGUAUCUGUAAAUAGACACUUUGCCCCUUCCAUUUCUACUGUGUAGACAAAUUAGCAAUCAUUUUCAUAAAAGAAAUCAAUGAAGGAUUUCUUAUUUUCUUGCAAUUUUGUAAAAAAAAAAAUAUGAAAAGUGCCCUUGUAAAUACACCAUUAUUUUAUUUUAUAUUCUCAAAUCACACACAACUUAGGUAAUUUUUAAAAGGCAAAUACAUAAUACAAUAAUGUAUAGAUAUUAGUAUCUGAUACUGUCUGAGCUGACUUUAUAAGAGUGUAGAAUUCUAUAUUUGGUAAAUAUUUUAAUGACAACCAGAUGCCAGCAUCAGAAGUUUGAAAACUAAGAAAACAGAAACAUCUAUAAUAAGAUAUAAAAUAUUUAUUUCAAAACCAUAAGACCAUUAUUUUAUUGAGUAUUUUUGUUUUGCUGAUUCACACUUUAAUAAAGGUGUGCUAGACAUAGUUCUCCUUUUAUUUUGACGAGGAAUUGAUAUUCUAAUCCAGGAAAUUUUAAACAACUACUGUAAUAAAUGCCAGUCUGCUACUCUUGUGGUUUUACCUUAUUAAAAUAUUAUUUUAUUGACUUUUACUAUAUGAAGAUGCAUGACUUUGAAAAUGUACUAGGUAAUUCAAGAAAAAAAAAGACUAGAAGAAUAAAAUGUAUAUCAUAUGUAAUGUUUUAAUAUUUUAAUAGAGCUACUGUACGUGUUCAUACAAACCGGUGAAAGACUUGAAUAUAUCAUUAAGGAAAAAUUUUUUUCAAGUGGUAUGGAUUAAAUAAAUGUGGAAGAAAGCCAUGCUAAUGAAUUUAAAUGGGAUUCAGUUUCUCUAAUGUUAUUUUUCACUAUAGUCUCUUAGAACAGGAAUGACUUCAAAUUGUAAAACUCAAUUUUGCAAGUCAUUAUAUAUAUAUGUUUUUGAAGUGUCAAGCUGCUUAAAAUUGAUUAAAUUAAUGGAUUAGUCAUUAUAAGUUGUUUAUUAAACUGUCAAUAUAUAGUGAGUUCAGAAUUCAGUUGAAAUUGCCAUGAAAUAAUAUCUGAGUGAUAAGAAUUAACAUUAAGUGGUCUAGUGAAUAUUUACAAUUUAUCUAUACAUAUAAAGGUAUUCCUUAGUUUAAAAUUUAUGGAUUUCAUAGUAAGCUUUCAUAAAAAUGAAGACUUUCAACUGCCUAAAUUAUAGAAAAAAAUCCUUUUAAUAAAGUCAGUUCUUAGCUUUGUAUUAUUCAAAGGAAUAGAUUCAAAUCCUUUGCUGAUGAUGUUCACGUAUUUCAGCAUUCUUCUAGACAAACUAUCAAGUCUGAAUCAUAAAUAACAGUAGAAAAUGUUGAAUUAUCAGAGAACAUUAUACUAAAUGAUAUCCUAAUUUUCAAGUAUUUUUGUUGUGUUUGUAUCAUAUUGAGCUUAGAUCAGAUUUCUUUUAUAGCUGGAGUUCAUCUAUUGUAUGAUCUUCAAGUGUACCAGUCAGUUCAUGAUUAAUCACUGUUAGUUUUAGGAGUAAGAUUUUUAAACAUCAUACUUCUCUAAAGUCGAAGUGCUAAUUAAGAUCUUUGUAUCAUACUGGGAAAGGAAAGUAAAUCUGAUAAUUUUGGAAGCGAACUUCUUUGGUAUGUGAAACAAAUUGGGGGAAUUUCUUGCUUUUAAAACAUAAAAUUGCCAUUUUCUGCGAUUACUUGUGAAAACUAUAUAUUAAUUUUCUAAAAAUUUAAAUCUGUUUUUCUGAAGUAGUUUUCCAGUGCAUUUAUUCAUAAAAUAUCUAUUCUGGAAUUUAGUGUUUGUUUAAAUAGAAUCCAUUGUACAUAAAAUUAGCAGUAAUUGUGGUGCUGUAUUUAUUGCUUACAAUGUUUUUAAAAAUGUGAUCUUAUUUCAAUUUUCUCUUUGUUUUAAUCUGCUAAUAGAAGUCACCAUGUAGCUGUAAAAAUAUAAUAAAAUAUUCUUGACAAUUAAAACA